GGCGGGAAAGGACAUUCCAUUCAUUACGAGUCGAGGUACGCAAUACGAGACGAACCGUCAGCGAGUCAUUUGCGAUUUGGGCAAAGGCAAUAAGAAGGUUCUGUCUGGCCCCUAUUAUUGCACCAUGAAAAUUCAUUUCAUAGUCAGAUGAUGAGAUCUGAAGAUGGCAAAGAAUGAAGCGAAGAGACAGGGACAAAGGAUUGCCUUUGAUGGAUAGUUGGACGGACAAAACCUAAAGUACCUAGAGUUGACAACUGGACGUUGACAAGGCUGAGAGGAACGCCUGCCGUGCCGUGCUACCUUACCUAUGCGAUUGGAUACCAAAGAAAGACGAGGCUGACUCGGGAAUGGCCGAUGAAGAUGGUCACCUGAUCUUAUUUAUUAUCCUUCCAUUUCCAUGUUCUGAGCAAAGACUCUCCGGAAAGUGACAAUGUGCCACUUCCGUACUCCUGGCCAAGCACAGAGGGCUCUGCGAGAAUUCCAUUCUUCUCAUUGGCAGAAAGAUAGUGACGGUAUUUAAUUGUGUCAAACUGUCUUUUCUUCCGCUGCGGCUGGUCUACUUUACCUACGCCUACCUGGUAAGUAUAUAUUUACCCGUCGCCUGUUACAACCUGUCAAAGAUUCAAAUCACCUAGGUAUUCUUACCAACACUGUCCAAUGAAAAUAUACAUUUAAGAUAUCUGAAGUCCUUAGUAUCUAUAUACGUUUCCAACCACAUUGCCAAUCAGUCCACUGAAUAUCACGUUUUAGUGCUUAGUCAUGGUUGUCUUCACAUGCUUACGAGUACAUUCCUCACUUCAAGCACCCCGCCACGUCCAAUCGUCGUCCUCUCCAUCUUCCCCAUGGUCCAGUGCACUCUGUAAGCCGCUCUCCCGCGCUUCUCAUUCGAUGAGCCUUCGAUUUCCGCCGCAGGAACAUAGGCCGAGGUCAAAGUAGCUUGCAUAUUUCUGGUCAUACGCACCACAAGCUCUUCGUGUUGUCGACGAGUCGUCUGCGCUCCCAAAACACACGACUCUGCCAUGAUCCGAGAGUCGUGACACCAGCUUACUUUCUGACUCGAACCCUUUCUAUCACUCAAUCUGCAUGUGCAUUGGGAUACUUCUACCGGACUAGACAUCGGAUAGACUCGUUUUGGUUUUGGUUUAGCAUGGUUCCCCACCAGUGAAGCUUGUUUCUUUUUCUUGGGUUCACAUGUGAAUCUCUUUGUUUUGCUCUUCACGGAACUCUCCUCGGGUUCUGCUCUGUACAAAACAUAUCCUAUGUCAAGAUGAUAGAUCAUGUUCUGGGUCGACCCUCUGUGCAAUUUAGAAAGAUACAAGUCCUGGCCGUGGUUUCGUUCUGGUCGUUCUACCUCUUCCGAGGGCACAAACAUGGCCCACCAACUCUGAGGAAGAUAUCGCGACGACUCUCCACAAUCCUCACACCAUGGCAGACGCUCGUGUUGACCCUCCUCUACCUCUACAUUGCGCGGAAUCUUGGGAAGUUACUUGGACUCGAAUGCCCCGAACCACUCGCAAACCUAUACACUCGAUCCUACUUUCGCGCAACAUGGGUCACAACAGCGCUGGAUGCGGGGUUCUGGUCUGCGAUGCGGAUACGGCGGAAGUGGUUGAGAGAUCUUGCUAGUAUUGUCUUUACGGGAUACUAUCUCAUUGCGGCAGAGCAGGCAGAUGAGAAAGUGCGCAAGGUCAGAGGGAUGCUGACCGUGGAACAUCUACGGGUCAGCUGGAAUAAGGGGACGACACCAUACCUGAGCUUCCUCACGAACUUGUUGCGACCUAGAUUCAUGAGGUACCCUCCUCGGCAGAUCAGGAUACCACGACCGGCGAGCUCGGAUUACAAGGAACCUGUGCAUGGAUGGUUGUAUUUUGACGGACCUCUUUCGACUCUGAAGAAGCAUACCAAGGUUGUGUUGGAUAUACCAGGAGGAGGUUUUGUUGCGAUGGACCCUCGAACCAACGACGACAAGCUCUUUGCGUGGGCAGGGAGAACUGGUUUGCCAGUACUGAGUCUGGAUUACAAGAAAGCACCCGAGUUCCCAUACCCAUAUGCACUCAACGAGUGUUUUGAUGUUUACAGCACAAUCAUGGCGAGUAGAGGAAGAUGUUUAGGGCUUUCGGGAGAAGUGGCUCCGAAAAUCGUGAUUACAGGCGAUAGUGCUGGCGGAAACCUUGCUACUGGCCUUACAAUCAUGAUCAUUGAGGCUGGAUUUUUCAACACACGCCAAUUUCAUGGUCAGCAAGCACCUCAAAUCCCAGAUGGCCUGGUUUUGAUAUACCCCGGGCUGGAUAUGAAUAUCGGCAAUUGGAUGUCAGACGAGCAAAUGUCCUUGAUCAAGGAUAGGAGGAUGAGGAAGACGAAUCGAACAUUCAUUCGUCAGAAGAGUAUGCAAUAUACUAUGGCGGCAGGAACCCCUCAUCAUUCAGAAGAUGAAGAGCACACACCACCUAAACUUACCACGCCUCCAUUGGCAGAUAGUCCUGCUCCGCUAUCUAUUACUCUACCAUCUCCACAAUACUCCACCGCAGCUCCCAGCGUCCUCUCACCACCAGUUGCUCGAAAACAGUCUGUAUCUCAGCAAUCGCCCUCUCAUCAUCCCGAACCGCUCAAGACACGACUUGCCAUGGCAAGUAUGAUCUCUUACUUCAACGAUCGAAUCCUCUCACCAGAAAUGAUGCGAGCAAUGAUUAUCCUCUACAUCGGCCCUCACAACCGCCCCGACUUCUCUCAAGACUACCUCCUCUCACCCAUCCUCGCACCCGACUCAAUACUCUCUCAAUUCCCCAAAACUUACUUCCUCACGGGCGAGCGCGACCCCUUGGUCGACGACACCGUCAUCUUUGCAGGCCGCAUCCGCCGCGCGAAAGCAGCCAAAUACCUAGCAGACCAAGCUGCCGACAUUCGCCUCCACAAAGAAUUUGACGACCGCGACGUCGUCGAAGUAGCUUUAAUCCCAGGUAUCUCUCACGGCUUCCUCCAGUUCGUAGGCGUCUUCCCAGAAGGAUGGAAAUACAUCCACCGCUGCUCCCGCUGGAUCGAACAUAUCUUCGCCGCAGCAGAGGAACGUGACCUCCGCGGCGGGGCACUCACUCCCGCGGGUGGGUACCGCAGUUCCGCAAACUUGCACCAUCAACGCAGGAAAACGGUCGAGAGCUCAGGUGAUGAGGAUAUGGGGCUGGAGAUGAGUAUGAGUUCGUCUAAGGGGAAGGGGAAGGCGGGUGCGGGUGCGGGUGAGGGGACGAAGCAGAAGUUGAAGGAAGAGGAGAGGAGGAGGAAGGAAGUGUUGUUGAGGGAGCAGUUGAGGGAGAGGGGGGAGAGGAGACAGAGAGAGAAGAGUGAAGGUGCGGGUGGGAGUGGAGGGAUGGAGAGGAGGAAGAGUAUGGUUAGUUUGGCGAGUGAGGAUGAUUUACUAGGGAGGAGGAUGUUGGGUCUUGCGGGCCCGUUGACGGGACGUGGGGAUGUGCAGGAUGAUUGAUUGAUUGAUUGAUUGAUUGAUGGAUGCAUGCAUGCAUGGAAGGCAAGCAGGUAGGCGACGGAGUCUGGAAUUUGGAGAAUCGGAGAAUUGGAAAUCGGGAAUUUGGAAUACGAUCGGCAGAUACAUUCAAUUGCAAGCAAGCAAGCGUGGUUUUGGGAACCAGACCCUCUUCGCCCUUCUUUCCGUCCUUUCCCCCAUCCUCCCGUGCGGAUAUCGAUUGGUUCGGGCUACAGUGCAAUGAGAUGAAUUACUAUACGGACGGCUCGGAAGUUAUGAAUAUCGAAAUGGCGAUCAUGUCAUACAAAGCAGGUACCCGAAAUUCACGUCUCCUCUAUGUUCCACCCAAUAACCUUGCUGUUAUCUAUCGAGUUCCGGGUGGGUGCAUAAUGGACUUUGUUCGUUGUGGUUGUUCAUGAAUUUUCUUCAGGUCAGCUUGUGCUGUGCGGUUUCCCUUCCCCUCCCUUUCUUUCCUUCUCUUCAGUUGUCAUGUAGAGCGAACAGUCGGUAUCGAGAAUCGGGACUGGUAAGUUACCUACCUAAAUAGUGAGGAGCAGUACCUAUAGGCGGGGUUCUCGCCGCCUGCAGUCUCCAUUCGCUAUGCUAUUCAGCUUGCAGCUUGCUAGCCAACUUGACAGCCGGUGGUACACAAAUGUAGAUUAUGCAAUAUGGCAGCUAGCUCUCACUCCCUACCUAGCAUGCUGUGUAAUGUGUAUUUAGCAGGUCUUACGAGAUGGGAUGAGAUGAGAUGAGAUGAGUGAAGUCCUUUAUCGCUUGGGCUUUCUAUCGGAAAUCAUGUGUUCAUGCUACCGCCCGGCUCUGCGAGGUCGCCUGCAGUUGUAUGUUUAUCUCAUUUGUAUCUUGUGCGGGGCUGUGUGAUGGUGUGGAGAUUUAACUUAUGUUUGGGAUUGAAUGUGAUAGGCUGCUGCAGAUCGUUUCUUGUAGAGGAGUGUGAGGGGGUGCUUUUGUCUUUUUGGAGGAGAAGGGAAGAGGGGAAGAAGGGAGAGCUAGGAUGAGAGUGCG